CACGGUCACACUCGUAUUCUACAGUUAUUAAACUGCAGCGAUGGCAAGAACCAAGCAGACCGCUCGUAAAUCCACCGGUGGCAAAGCCCCGAGGAAGCAGCUCGCUACUAAAGCCGCCCGGAAGAGCGCCCCAGCCACCGGCGGCGUCAAGAAGCCCCACCGUUACAGGCCCGGGACCGUGGCUCUCCGAGAGAUCCGCCGCUAUCAGAAGUCCACCGAGCUGCUGAUCCGCAAACUGCCUUUCCAGCGUCUGGUGCGAGAGAUCGCUCAGGAUUUCAAGACGGACCUGCGCUUCCAGAGCUCCGCUGUCAUGGCCCUGCAGGAGUCCAGCGAGGCUUAUCUGGUCGGUCUGUUCGAGGACACCAACCUGUGCGCCAUCCACGCCAAGAGGGUCACCAUCAUGCCCAAAGACAUCCAGCUGGCCCGCCGCAUCCGCGGAGAGCGCGCCUAAACCCGCCGCUGACAAACACCCCAAAGGCUCUUUUAAGAGCCACCUACAUCACUCUCAAUGAGACUGUUUCCACGGGAAAACUCGAUAUAAACAUAGAAAAAAAUAGUACCUUAACCUUUUCAGACAAUUAUGCUUUGGCUUAUAUUUUUCUUAGGUGUAUUAACGGUUCUAGAUCUCCCUUCAAAGAAUAAUCACGGGCGAAACACACAAAUAUGUUAUACAGGAAGAGGAAGAAAAACCAAAAGGCUUAUUAAGAUCAUCCACCUAAACAAUAAAGCAAAAAAAAAAACAACGUGAAAUUAUAUACUCCCAAAACAAACCACAUAUGAUAAAUAAGAUACAUGGAAAGAAAAAAAAAUACUGUCUUUUAUAACAUUCAAAAGGAACACAUUUUUUUCUAAAUGGGAUAAAUCAUUCCAUAAUUUAAUAUCCCUAACUCGACAAGUAUUGACCUGUGCAAGUGAAGUCUUAUGAAGAUGAAAUCUUUAAAAUGAACGAGUUUAAAAACAGGCCGCAAUCGAAGCAUCCUGGGCCUCCAUCACACCUCAGCAGCGCCACCGGCUGAUUGCCUCCAUGCCACGCCGCAUUGAAGC